GAGUAUUUCGAAAUGGAUUUUCGCCAGUUGAGCGCACACCAGCAGAAUUAAUUUGCUUUUAGUACGUAAUCCUGCAGGCAGUCAGCUGAAAGUUAUUUUUAUCCGUACUCAGGCUUAUUGUCGCGUUCGGGUUUUUUUUUCUCUUGCAUUAAAAUGCCCAACAUUAUCAAUGAAAUCAAGCUGGACUUUAAGGACGUGCUGCUUCGCCCUAAAAGGUCCACAUUGAGGAGUCGCAGUGAUGUGAACUUACAUCGACAUAUUACCUUCAGAAACUCCAAGCAGGAUUAUAAUGGCAUUCCAGUUAUGGCCUCCAAUAUGGAUACUGUUGGAACUUUCGAGAUGGCAAAGGCAUUGUCCAAACACGGUUUGUUCACUUGCAUCCACAAAUACUACAGCGCAGAAGACUGGAAACUAUUCGCCAGCGACAAUCCAGAUGUCAUCAGCAAUGUAGCUGCUAGUUCUGGAAUCGCUCAAAACGACUACAGCAGACUCGUGGAGAUUCUAGCGGCAGUUCCAGCAAUAAAGUUCGUUUGCUUGGACGUAGCUAAUGGAUAUACGCAGUUCUUCGUCGACUACGUGAGGAAAGUGAGGGCGGCAUUUCCAACGCACACAAUUAUCGCUGGAAAUGUUGUAACAGGGGAAAUGGUUGAAGAACUGAUCCUCUCUGGCGCCGAUAUCGUCAAAGUGGGAAUUGGUCCGGGAUCAGUUUGCACCACCCGAAUGAAGACUGGCGUAGGCUACCCGCAACUAUCUGCAGUUAUUGAAUGCGCUGAUGCUGCCCAUGGACUACAAGGGCACAUCAUUGCAGAUGGCGGUUGCACCUGUCCAGGCGAUGUCGCCAAAGCUUUCGGAGCUGGGGCCGACUUUGUAAUGGCCGGCGGAAUGUUUGCAGGUCACGAUCAAUGCGGAGGAGAAGUGAUAGAGAAGAAUGGCAAAAAGUUCAAACUGUUCUACGGAAUGAGUUCGUGCACAGCAAUGAAAAAGUAUGCAGGCGGGGUGGCCGAGUAUCGCUCCUCUGAAGGAAAAACCGUGGAAAUUCCAUAUAAAGGYGAUGUGGAGGAGACCACUUUGGAUAUUCUAGGAGGGCUCAGAAGUGCCUGCACCUAUACMGGGGCGGCCAAGUUGAAAGAGCUGCCCAGAAGGGCCACUUUUGUGCGCUGCACCCAACAAGUCAAUAAUAUAUACAGCUAAACCGGCUAAGAAACUAGGUCAAUUAUUAACGUCUACCAAAGAUGUUCUAAAUCCAAAUUUGUCUGUUUUGUGUACAAUUUUAUAUGCUAUUCUGUAUUAAAUCAGUCGCCGAACGCAUACAGAGGGCUUCUAGCUCCCAACUUUAAUUAUAGCAGACUUCUAAUGGUGCCUUAUAUUGAUUUUAUUUUUUUUAUGAGCGUUUGCGUCUUCAAGCCAAUGUAGCACAAGUUAUUUUCGGCACAAUACGAAAGUUCAAUAAAGUUGUUACAAAAUAUCAA